CGCCGCUCUUUGUGCCGCCCGGUACUCGCCACGCACAGCGAACACACUAUCGAGACGCCGAUCGAGUUCGAGCACCACCAGAUCCUUCGACCGCGUGCAUCAGCCACCCCGUGUAUACCGCACAAGUCCCCAGCACGUCCAGCGACAACAUUGUGCCCAACCAGAUGAUCGGAUCGUGGACAUUUUGAUGUAGUUCCAAACCAGUGCGGCUUUUAUUUUGUUUUCGCGCCCGCAAGGACUCUUCGUGAGGUGUCGUGCCGUCGGACGAAAGCACGCGCGCCGUCGCAUGCCGUCGUGAGUUCCUCAGGAGUGCGCGAAGCCCUCCGCGAGCUGACCUAGCCGGUAUCCGGCAUACCUUAAGCUCCCGCUGGACCGAACAGUGAUCAAAGUGAACUCCCCAAAUAAUAUGGUGUUGGAAUCGGGGGUCCUGCCGCCCCCAUUGCAGCUGUACGCGGCGGCAGCGGCCCAUCUGCACCCCCGGCCACCAUGGGCGCCUUUCCUCCAGUUCCCGGGCGCUGCCAGCUUGCUGGGGAUGCCAGGGGCGUUCAACCAGCUGGCUCGUGGUGGACCCAGGUUCUCCAAUGGACUUGGGUUGCAGGCGCCGCCGGGCCCGCCGUCGGAGGAUAGUGGCAGCGAAUCGCAUCAAGGAGGUGCAGGCAGCAGCAAUGAAGCGGAUUCGGAGAGCGCCGCGUCAAAGCGACGAAGAAGCCGCACCAAUUUCAACAGCUGGCAACUGGAAGAACUUGAAAGGGCAUUUAUGGCCAGCCACUAUCCCGAUGUCUUCAUGCGGGAAGCCCUUGCAAUGAGACUGGAUCUCAAAGAAAGUCGAGUCGCGGUAUGGUUCCAAAACAGAAGAGCAAAGUGGCGUAAGAAGGAGCACACAAAGAAAGGUCCCGGCCGACCAGCGCACAACGCCCACCCGCAAUCCUGCUCCGGUGAGCCGAUCCCGCCCAACGAACUGCGCGCUCGCGAACGCGCCCGUCGACGAAAGAAACUGCAGAAGACGUUGGAGCGACAGGCGCGCAAGCUGCGCGCGAAGGGAUUAGCCGUCGACCUGGUGGCGCUGAAGCGCGACUACCUCAACCAGCGCGGUCCCGACAUUAUGGACAGCGACAGCGACAUCGACGUAGUCGGCGACAGCGGCGCCGAGUCGGAGAACCUUAACGGCAGCGGCGCCGACGCCUACCCCCCGGUAACGGACGCCGGUGUUGAUCUCACUGCCGGCUCCCACGACGACAAGGUCCGUCGUCUCAACCCGUUCAGUAUAGAAUCCUUGCUGAACAACAACACCUGAGUCCCUCGUCUACUCUAAUAAUUUAUUUAUAUUUAUACACAAAUCGAGACAGAAAAGGUAUAUAUAUAUAUAUAUUAUAUUAUAUAUGAAAGAGGCGAACGAAGGAAGAAUCGUUGGCGGAUGAGCAAAUUGUGUGUUUCAAACUAAACGACGGGUACUACCUGAAUACGUCUUGUGCAAUAAUUUAUAUGUUAAUCGGUUCGCUCUCCGAGGUCCCGGAUGCGUUCAAUCCCGAAACGAAAAUGUUCCUCGCUACGAUGUAUGUAUUACUUUCUCGUUAUCGAUCAUUUCGGGCGGUCGGCGAGACGAGACCAAGAGACUGGCGCAGACCGCGGACACGUUUUUAUAAAUGAAUUCCCCUUCGAUCUCGCUCUCCAAGCCUCCCCACCGCACAUCCCGCAAACCACUGGUUGUAUAUAAAAUCCUAGUUUUCCAAACGUUUCCGUUCUUUCACCUCCGAGCGCAUGCAGAACAAGAGAACACAAACGCUAACAAACAAAAAGAAAGAAAUAAUGUAUUCUUCCCUGUGUAUAAAAAAAGACUUUAUAACUAAUAAUAAAUUUAAUGAUAGUAAUAAUGAGAGAAUAAAUAAAUAAAACUAAAUAAGUGCAGAUAUUAUGUGAAUAUAAUUGAAAACGCCGUUGAUAAACGCCGAAGAACGUCCGAGCGACGAGAAAUAAAUGACGCGGCGCAUACAAUGCGAUGAUUAACUAUCGGCAACCUUUAUAUGUCAAUAAACAGCUAAUUAACGACGAGACAAUGUGUCGUUACUCGCUCUGCGGCUGGAGAUGAAUCGAGUCAGGACGAUGGUCGUUCCAAGCAAUACACAACGUGAGCACAACAGCAAGGAAACGCGCCGGAGAAAAAUCGAUGACGGUUAAAGUUGCGCACCGAGCUAAACGAAAAAUAACAAAAACGAAGUUCAAAUUUAUUAGAUAUCUCUAUAUGCAAUUACUGAUUAUUCCGUUAGCUGUAUGAUAUAAUACUAAGUUGUACCGAGGAGACACAAAACGAAACAAAAACGACAUCGACAGUGAUAACCGAUAAGUGGACGAAUUGGUUGACACCGUGUGCAGAAAUGUUUCGAACGUGAAUUUACCAGAUUAGCAGACGUAGAAGACCAGAUGUGAGUGAGACAGAUCAACAACGCCCUGUAGGUAUAGAACCGCGGCUCGCGCGCAACGUAAUGUUAUGAUAUGAUUAACUAACGCUGUUUUAAUAACAAUAAUAAAUAGCUACUAAGUAAGGCUGGCAUAUCGCGACUGGUUUAUGCAUUCUUGUUGUGACGAAUGUCGAAACCAGGCGUUUGCGUUGCGUUGCUCGUCGAGAAUAGUGCUGGCCACGAUAAACGAUGAACAGCGAUGAGUAUUCGCGUUGAUAGACUUCAAUCGUCUAGUAUAACUGCCACAUCCACAUCCGGGAAUUGUGUAGGAGGGAAAUGAGGCAUGAUGUGAUCGAAAACGUGCAUUUUUUGUACUUAAAUUAACAAUUAACACAUUCAAACGCAAGCGCAAUGAACAACGGAAGACAAAUGCAUAUUACCCACCCUAAAUUUAUCAACAAAAUACAUAAAUAAUCAAUAAAUAUUGAAUAAAAUAGCAACGAAGAUUACGGUUACGAUUACGAUUACACACACACAGAUACAAUUUGCAAUAUAUCAAUAAAUUAUAAAUUAAACGAAGGCAACAUGUGUAAAAACAAAACUAAAAAUGUAAGGAUUAGUCAUUGAUGAAUUAACGAAGAUUGUAAUAUUAUUGUAAAAUAUGGUACAUGUACGUGUGGAUGCGUCGAAUGUUUGACUGUUGGCUGAAUCCGGUGCGCAUGCGUAUUGUGAAUGACGAAUAAUUAAUUGUACUAGUAAGAUUGAUCGAAUCCAGUGAUGAAAUGAAUGUCUCUUGGGGUAUUAUCGUUGAUUGUAUAGAUAAUAUCGCUGAUUAUUGUUCCAAAAAUGUUUGGAGGACACGAACACGCAUUGCAGAUGCAGUAAAUAUCUCUGAUAUCAAACUAAUUAAGUAUAACAAUAAACAUAUUAUUUAUUAAA